GGGCGAGUCGGGCGCGACAAGUUUCCUUGACUCCUCCUCCGCCGUGUCUCCCUCCCUCGCCAAGCCCAGCCUGUGAAAAGGAGUAACGCGCUCGCCAAUGCCUGCGCAGCGCUGACUGCACCGUCCCGCGCCGCCGCUGCCGCCGCCAGGAGCAGAGCCCGCCUGGCCGCGCACACAGUGCGCCCGCAGCCGCCCGCCGCCAGGUGCCCGGCCCCGCCGCCGCGAUGCCCUGCGCGCCCGGGCUGCGCGCGCUGUGGCUGUGCGCCGCGCUCUGCGCCUCCCCGUGCGCCCCCCAGCCCGGCCCGGCGCCGGCCGCCUGCCCGGCCCCCUGCCACUGCCAGGAGGACGGCGUCAUGCUGUCGGCCGACUGCUCGGAGCUCGGGCUCUCCGCCGUGCCCCGGGACCUGGCCCCCCUGACGGCUUACCUAGACCUGAGCAUGAACAACCUCGUGGAGCUGCAGCCCGGCCGCUUCCGCCACCUGCGCUUCCUGGAGGAGCUGCGUCUCUCGGGCAACCGUCUGUCGCGCAUCCCGGGAGGAGCGUUCUCCGGCCUGCACAGCCUGAAGAUCCUGAUGCUGCAGAACAACCAGCUGGGGCGCAUCCCGGCCGAGGCGCUGCGGCAGCUGCCGAGUCUGCAGUCUCUGCGCCUCGACGCCAACCUCAUCUCCCUGGUCCCAGAGAGGAGCUUCGAGGGGCUGUCCCGCCUCCGCCACCUGUGGCUGGACGACAACGCCCUCACCGAGGUCCCCGUCAGGGCCCUCAACAGCCUCCCUGCCCUGCAGGCCAUGACCCUGGCCCUCAACCGCAUCAGCCACGUCCCCGACGGCGCCUUCCGGAACCUCAGCAGCCUGGUGGUGCUGCACCUGCACAACAACCGCAUCCAGCACCUGGGGACCCACAGCUUCGAGGGGCUGCGCAGCCUGGAGACACUGGACCUGAACCACAACGAGCUGCGCCAGUUCCCCGUCGCCGUGCGCACGCUGGGCAGGCUGCAGGAGCUGGGCUUCCACAACAACAACAUCCGGGCCAUCCCGGAGAAGGCCUUCGUGGGGAACCCGCUGCUGCAGGCGAUCCACUUCUACGACAACCCGAUCCAGUCCGUGGGGAGGUCGGCGUUCCAGGACCUGCCGAAGCUGCACACGCUGUCCCUGAACGGAGCCACGGACCUCCAGGAGUUCCCGGACCUCAAAGGCACCACCAGCCUGGAGGCCCUGACCCUGACCCGCGCCGGCGUCCGGCUGCUCCCGCCCGGGAUGUGCCAGCAGCUGCCCAGGCUCCGCAUCCUGGAACUGUCUCAUAACCGCAUCGAGGAGCUGCCCAGCCUGCACAGGUGCCAGAAGCUGGAGGAGAUCGGCCUCCAGCACAACCGCAUCUGGGAGGUUGGAGCCGACACCUUCCGCCAGCUGAGCUCCCUGCGGGCCCUGGACCUGAGCUGGAACGCCAUCCGGUCCAUCCACCCAGAGGCCUUCUCGACCCUGCGCUCCCUGGUCAAGCUGGACCUGAGAGACAACCAGCUGACCGCACUGCCCCUGGCCGGGCUGGGGGGCCUGGUGCACCUCAAACUCAAAGGGAACCCAGCUCUGUCUCAGGCCUUCUCCAAGGACAGUUUCCCCAAACUGAGGGUCCUGGAGGCGCCACACGCCUACCAGUGCUGCGCCUACGGUGGCCUCUGCGCGGGCCUCUUUAAGGCCCCCGGGCCGCGGGAGGCGGACGGCGUCCACCCAGAGGAUGAGGAGGCUCCCAAGAGUCCCCUGGGACUUCUCGCGGGACAAGCCGAGAGCCACUAUGACCUGGACCUGGACGAGCUCCAGCUGGAGGCGGAGGACAGGAGGCCGCAGCCCAGCGUCCAGUGCAGCCCCGUUCCAGGCCCCUUCAAGCCCUGCGAGCACCUGUUUGAGAGCUGGGCCGUCCGCCUGGCCGUGUGGGCCGUCGCUGUGCUGUCGCUGCUCGGCAACGCGCUGGUGCUGCUGAGUGUCUUCACGGGGGGGCCCGGCCCCCUGCCCCCGGUCAAGUUCGUGGUCGGUGCCAUCGCCGGGGCCAACACCGUCACCGGCGUCUCCUGCGGCCUCCUGGCCUCCGUGGACGCCCUGACCUUCGGCCGGUUCGCCGAGUACGGGGCCCGCUGGGAGUCGGGGCCAGGCUGCCGGGCCACGGGCUUCCUGGCCGUGCUCGGGUCCGAGGCCUCGGCGCUGCUGCUGGCCCUGGCUGCCUUGCAGUGCAGCGCCUCCGCCUCCUGCGCCCGGGCCCGCGGGAAGGCACCCGCCCUGGGCGGCGUGCGGGCGGGGGCGCUGGGCUGCCUGGUGCUGGCGGGGCUGGCGGCCGCCCUGCCCCUGGCCUCGGUGGGGGACUACGGGGCCUCGCCGCUCUGCCUGCCCUACACGCCGCCCGAGGGCCGGCCGGCCGCCCCGGGCUUCGCCGUGGCCCUGGUGGUGCUGCACUCCCUCUGCUUCCUGGUGGCGGCCUGCGCCCACACCCGGCUCUACUGCGAGCUGCCGCGGGGCGCGCCAGGCACGGCCGGGGACGGCGCCCUGGCGCGGCACGUGGCCUGGCUCAUCCUGGCCGACGGGCUGCUCCACUGCCCCGUGGCCUUCCUCAGCGUGGCCUCCACGCUGGGCCUCCUGCCCGUGGCGCCCGAGGCCGUCAAGUCGGUCCUGCUGCUGGUGCUGCCGCUGCCCGCCUGCCUGAACCCCCUGCUCUACCUGCUCUCCAGCCCCCGCCUCCGCGAGGACCUGGGGCGGCUCUGGCCCCGGGGGGGCGCCGCGCGGCCCCUGGUCUCGGCCGCCGCCGGCCACCUGCAGAAGAGCGCCUGCGACUCCACGCAGGCCCUGGUGGCCUUUUCCGACGUGGACCUCGCCCUGGAAGCUUCUGAGGCCGCGCGCUCCCCCGGGCCGGAGACCUGCGGCUUCCCCACAGUGGCCCUGGCCUCCCAGGGGGCCACCGGGCUGGAAGGCGGCCGCUGUGUGGAGCCAGAGGGAACCCGCUUUGAGAACCAGCAGCCCUCCAUGGACAGGGAGCUGCUGCUGAGAGCAGAGGGGGCCGCACCGGGUGGCGGGUGCUCGUCAGUGGGCAGGGGCAGCCCGUGCUCGGGCUCCGCCUUUGCCUCCUACAUGUAAACGCCCCCCCCACCCCUGUGUCCCAUCAGCUUCUUCCCGCCCCCCAGGGACGGCGGCUGCUUGGACACUGGACCCAGCCCGCACGCAGCCCGUCGUGCCCAGGAGGAGGCCCCGUGACCCUCACCGGCGUGGGCUGUGUGGCCUGGCUUCCUCUGGGUCGUCCUCCGGGCGCCACCCGCUCACCUCUGCUUCAGGGAGGGGGCUCUCGGGGGGAGAAGCCCUUCAAGGGAUGGCCAGGGGCUGUGUGGGCCUCGCCCCCGCCGCUCGUGGGCCGCACGUACCACGUGCCCUGUGACCCGUUGCCCUGACGCCUGCCCUGCGGAGACGCGUGAGGGCCGGCAGCACACAGGCCCUAGGCCACGCAGGCUCUGAUGGUCCCUGCAGCAGGGGGCCCGCCGCCACCAUCUCCCCCAGCCGCCCGGCCGUCGGACACAGGGCGCGUGUGCCUGUUCGGUGUCCGUGGACGGCUGACCUCUCAGCACUGCUCUCUCCCGGGGCUGGGCCGCGUGCUCCCCGGGGACCCCACCAGGUGCCCCUGUCCCAGGAUCUGGACCUGGGUAAGGCGGGAGGCACCCGCUGGCAGAGUCUCCGCCUGCGAAGCGCAGGGAGGAGGCUGCCCUGUGGUUCUGGCCGCAGCCCCUGACGCAGGGGCAGGCAGCACCGGCCUCCCGCCGCCGCCCCAGCCCGGCGUCCGCAGAGGGAGGGUCCCGGGUUCCAGCAAGCGCACACAGCCCGCCAGGGGCUCUCUGGCUGCUCUUGGGCCCUGAGUUGCCACCCUGUGGCUCUCUCUUGUUCACCUCGUGCCAGAGCCGGGUCCUGUCUCCACAUCCUGGGCCCCGUCUUCUCUGAGGGGGCUGGCCCUCAGCCAGCACACUGGAGGGGCAUUUGUUGCACGUGUGUGUUGUAGGAAGCAUUACAGGAACUGGGGGCCCAAUAGGCCAGGACCCUUCUGCCUGACCCAUCACGCCUUCCUACCUUGCAGUUCGCCUGGUGCCUCUGAGCACCCCAGGGAGGCCCCUCCCACCAGGCACACACACUCGGGACGAGGCAGUCAGAGCAGGACCACUCUGCAGACACACGAAGACAAUCGGGAGGAGACCGGUCCCAGGGCACCCCGACAUCGGCCACAUCAGGACAGGGGUCUGGAAUCCGAGACUGAGGGAACACGGCCCACUUCCCGAGUCCCCGGUCCUCAGCCAGCCCCCCAGGCCCCUUCCCAGGGCUCCGCUGCCAAGACGACCCAGAGACGGCCCUUUGGCUUCACAGCCUAGCCGCUCCGUGGUCCCCCCACUGCUCCCGGGCCGGGCAGGCGCUGACCCGAGGCCACAGUCUGCACGGGCCACGCUGCAGCCAUGUGGCUGAACCGGGAGCAGCACGGGCCCUUCCCUCAGUCCCGCCGACCUGCUGAGGGGCCUGGACCCUCGCAGGCCCUGGAGUGGGUGUGCUGGCCUUGGGACCGGCCCUCUCCGUGUGCCUGCCCACUCCUGCGGUGGCGGGCCACUCGGGAAUGCCGGGCGCCCGUUCCCGGGGCGGACGGCAGCCUCGAAGGGGAGGGGUGUGCUCCGGUCUGGGCGCGGCGAACAGGUGGCUCCCGGGUGGCGAGAUGCUCUCCAAGGUGCCCCGGGCUGCAAAGUCGGUGGGACGUCGGCAGCCUCGACUUCUAGGAAGUCACCCGGACCCCGCCCUCGGGGCCAGGAAGCCGCGGGGAGUGGGGUGCAGGCCGCGUGCUGGAGGUCCUGGGGUUGUGGACUGUCCAGGCAGGUGGCCGCUCCCACGGAAGGGGCCGGUGCGCCUUGGCUGCCGCCUCUGGGGCGCCACCAGCAUCACGUCGCCCCGAGGACCCGAGCAGGUGCCCGGGCCUCGGCCCCUCUGGUCGGAAGACGCGGGCAGAGCAGGGGCAUCUUCCCAGAAGUUCUUUCUUUCGUCAGAGGGCCUCGUAGAUGCCCCGCAUUUGCGGGAGGUGCGGCGGCGACGGGGCGGGUGUCUGCCUCUGACUCUCCAGGAGCAGGGGGGCCGCCCCCGCGGCAUCUCCAUCGUGACCAGAAGACGAGGACGAUCCCGUGUGACUUCGCUGAGACGCUGAGCUGCACACUAAAUAAUCCAGCGCCUGUAAGGCCAUUUCGUUUGGUUCCCAGAAUCUCCCAAGGCGGCAUCCUGCAGGGGAAGGACCCGUCAAAGGCCGGGGCUCCGGGUGCUGAGACCCCUCCCAGGUCGGCUGGCGGAGAACUUCCUGAGGCGGAGAAACCGGGACUCUUGAGGCACCCAGACACACCGGGAGGGCACAGACCCUGAGCCCCGUGCUGAGGUUCGAGGGUGAACAGAGCCCCCGGCUGGGCCUUCCUCUCCCAACUCCAGCCUCCCAGCCCCCUUCCCAACUUUGCUUCUGGUGGGGGGGGGCAUGCAAGGUUCAAGGACUGGGGGCUGUGGACACCGAGGAGCCUGAGUGAGGGGCCGGAGCUCCUUCCUCUCUGGCUCCCCUGUAACUACCUCUGCUCUGGGGCAGCCAUGGCCCCUACCCCACCCCACCCCCGUCACUCCCGGGCCUCGGUCCCUCCCCGCCGCGGCUGUGUGAAGUGUAAG